AUGAGCCUGUCUCGAAUUCUCCCUCCCAUGAUUCUUGGAGGUGCCGGUUUUAGCCACCAAGUUCAUCGGAACCCCAAUUCGGUUCAAGCACUACAGGUCUUGAAGCGCGCGUUUCAGUUAGGGUUGCGAGCCAUUGAUACCUCGGCAUAUUAUCACCCAUCUGAAAUCCUGUUAGGCGAAGCACUCUCACAUCCCGACAUUACCAGCCACUACACUCGCGACCAAUACUUUCUCAUGACCAAAGUCGGACGUAUCACAGCCGAACAAUUCGACUAUUCUCCUGCCUGGAUCCGAAAGUCGGUCCUGCGUUCUUUAGAGCGCUUGCGCACCCAGUACCUUGAUGUUGUGUUCUGUCACGAUGUUGAAUUUGUACCCGAAGAUGAAGUUGUCGAGGCUGUGGGUGUCUUAUUCAGAAUGGUGGAGGAAGGACACAUUAGAUAUGUUGGGAUAUCAAGCUACCGAAUUGAUAUUCUCGGUCGCAUCGCCCAGCGAGUCCAACAGAAAUACUCUCGAUCCCUUGACAUUGUACAGAAUUGGGCACAGUUAACUUUACAAAAUGAUACGUUGGCGGAAGUUGGCCUCGAGGCAUUCAAAGAGGCCGGUGUCUCUUGUGUCUGCAGCUCUAGCCCCCUGGCUAUCGGUCUUCUUCGAUCAAAUGGCGUGCCAGUUGGGGACUUGGGAGACUUUCAUCCGGCGCCUCGAGGAUUGAGAUUAGCGGCGAAGGAAGCGGCUGAUUAUGUUGCGGCACAAGGAGACGAUCUGGCAGCACUGGCGCUGCGAUAUUCAAUCCGUCGUGCCCAAUCUUUAUCCACUCCAGAUUUUAGAGUGACGACAAUUAUGGGGAUCACGACAGUUUCUGAACUAGAGGAAAAUCUUGCGACGGCAGGACUUGUUCUUCAAGUGUCAGACCAGCCACGCUGGCUUUGGAACGCAGAUUCUGGGUCUCGGGUGGAGGCUGAUCCAUUCAAGACGAAGAAAGACGAAGAAUUAAGUCUAGCAGUGAAGAAUAUUCUGGGGGAAUGGUGUGGUUAUUGUUUUCCCAGCCCAGGAGACGGAUGGGAUGUGUCAACGAAGAAGCCGAAGAUUGUGUGA